CCGAGACGUCUCAUCGCGUGCUGCUUCCUCCUGACGCUGUCGCGCCAGGUUAUUUACCGCCCUUGGCUCUCCUGAGCCAUUGAAGUGCAUCAUGGUGUCCUUCUCGUGUGAGGGCUGCGGCGAUGUCCUGACGAAGAAGAAGCUGUCUGGACACUACAACCAGUGCUGGGCGCCUGUGACGUGCCUGGACUGCAUGACGACCUUUCCGAACGGAGCAUUCCAAAGCCAUACCUCGUGCAUGAGCGAAGCGCAAAAGUACCAAGGGCAUCUAUACAGAGAAAAGGAAAAGAAGGGCAACAAGGCCGAUAAGCGCAAAUCGAUGAACGGCAACAGUCAAGCGAUGGUACCGAGAGGAGCAUACGUUGAAGAUGCAACAGAAGGGGACGAUUCGAAUGCCGUGGCUGUGAUCGAUGUGCCUCCUCGCGCUCCAACACCACCGCCUGCAGCCGAUCCGCCUGCAGAGCUCGAAGGCGUCAACGUCUUCGACUUUCUGGUCAGCGAUGCGACACCCAAGCACACGCAACUAGGCGCGCCGGACGAGCGCAGGAUGCUCGAACAAGCGACGCCUUACGCAAACGGCGAAUCACAGUUUUCGCAAUACUCGCAGUACUCGAACGGUGAUGGCUCACAGUACCAAAAGUACGGCUACUCCUAUGGAAACGCCCCGCUUCCUGCUGGCAUGGAACGUUUCGACUCGUACAACAACCUUACCGAAUCUCAGCAGUCGUUUGUGACGCCGGCGAACAAGGAUCAGAGGAAGCACAGGAAAGAGAAGGGAACCGUCGAGAAGAGUGAUAAGAAGCGGAAGCGCAACGUGGAAGAGCUGGAUCUGUCAAGUGCGAAGAGACCAGUCUCUCGAGGAGACCAUUCUAUGCUCGAUGCGCCGUCAUCCACAGCGGGGAGGAACCUACAUUCUGGAUUGACUGGAGGUCUGCAACGCCUCGUCACAGAUCCCGAUUUCUUCGAAAACGAUCGCAUCGAUGCUGGCCCAACACCGAUCAGUCCUAUCAAGCGAAGCAAACGCGAGAAAGAUCACCACGACGACCGGAAGAGUACGAAGGACGACAGGCGCAAGUCUUCGUAUGUCUCGUACAGCACCACAACAAAGCCCGCCUCAAGCAAAGACGAGAAGAAACAUCGUUCGCGGAGCCCGGAAGUCUCGAGACGUUCUGACAGACACUCAGACAGACACGAUAAGCUUCGUCGCAACCACCGCGAGGAAUCCCUGUCCUCUGUCGACCGCUCGCACGUCAGCAGUCGCAGACAAAAAGCUAUCGAUUACCCAGAUCGGCCUGGUUCCGUGCAGCCCACUGCGAACAAUGCCCUGGUCACAUACAACGAGCGAGCGGAGCUAUUCAUGUCGUUCAUCAAUAAGGGUCCCGAGUCGCAACACGGUUUGUCGAUGAACAAAGUCUUGAAGCGAUACCAUCGCGAAAGGGACACCUUGCGGAGUGAUGAGAAAGAAGAGGAGGAUAAGGAACUGUGGAAAUCUCUACGAUUGAGGAGGAAUUCGAGAGGAGAGAUUGUGCUGUUUAUGUAAUGUGUUUUGGCUCAUUUUCUCUCCUCACUGUUUGGUUUAUGAUUGCAAAGACUCGCUGGCAAGCUGGCUCGCUGGCUAAUGCAAGAAUACGAUACCUAUGGCGAAACGGUCUGAUGCGAUGCGACGCUGUCGAUACUAUUUCGUAUUUUGUACUUCUGUUAAUCA